AUGAGCAGAAAAGGAUCGAAGGGUUCCAAAACUGAAGUUGCUUCGUAUGAAGUCGGGGAUAUCGUGUUGGGUAAAGUACGAGGAUAUCCACCUUGGCCUGGACGAGUCGUGGAGCCCGCGUCUAUACCCAGCGACGUCGUCAAAGAACGACCGCCUUCCAAAAAGGGUGUAGUUUACUGUGUUCAAUUUUUCCCUACUGGAGACUUCUCCUGGCUAAAUCCAAAAGAUAUAUCCAAACUUAAACCCAACGAAGUAGAAUCAUACAUCGCCGACCACACCGAGGGCAAACGUUCAGGAGACCUUUUGCAGGGUUACAAGAUUGCUCGUGACCCCACAGAGUGGGCACAAGAUCUUGCAGAAAAAGCUGCCGCUAAAGCAGAGGAGGAAGAAGCGAGGGGUGACAUCGACGAAGAAGAUGAGUUGGUCGAUGACGGCGAACGACCUGCGGGGAGCAAGAAGAGGAAGGCCCCUAAUGCAUCUGCUUCAACAGCAACGAAGAAACGUAAACGCAACUCAGAGCCAGGGACGACGACAAAGAAGGGUGCAGGGAAGGGACGUAAGUCGAAAGCUGCCAUCGAAUCAGAAGACGAGGAAGGUGCUCAAGAAGCUCAAGCGGCGAGCAAGAGUGCUCCUACCGCAUCGCCACCACCUUUGAAGAGGACCAAGACGACCACCUCAGGAAAAGAAGAGAAUCCGGAUGACGCCGAACUUUCCAAGGAUCCUGAAGCUACAAAAGUGCGCGAAUGGCGACAUAAGCUACAAAAAGUCUUCUUGAGCUCCAAAGUUCAAGCUCCCAAAGCAGAUGAUAUGCCGGAUAUGAACGACUUAUUCACGCAGAUCGAAACAUACGACAAAAUCAACAUCGCAUAUCUCUCCUUCUCCAAAAUCGGAAAAGUAAUGCGCCACAUCACCGCGCUUUCCGAUGAUAAAGUCCCUUUGGACUCCCAAUAUAAAUUUCGGGACCGUGCCAAAGUCCUCGUAGAGCGUUGGCAACAUAUCAUUAACGCCAGUAGGGUAGACGGUAAAGACUCGUCUAAACCCCUCGGGAAGGAUUCCGGUUUUGGAUCGAAAAAUUCUGCAGCAAAUGGAAUUGGUUCCAAAAACUCACCGGGAGGUUCGCAAUCCCCUGCUGCCAACAAUGGGAUAGACGAAAAUAUGAACGGGAUAGCGGACGCGAUCAAUACUAGCAUUGCGACAGGUACAAUGGAAGUCGAUGACGGAGCCUCGCCGAAGGUGAAUGGUAAUGGUCAUGUCAAUGGAGGUAAGGGUAUCCACCGUCAUGGACUCCUUAUAUUUCGUCUCCUUUCUUUCUUGAAUCGAGGCACACAUGGGAGUCGGUGCUAA